AUGACAGCACCAUCUGCCCAAGCACCUCAACUCACUCGUCGUUGGUCGAAAGUUGUUGUAGAAAACCGUACUGGAUCUUACUUCAAACUUCAAGUUCUUCAUGAAUACACUGGCGAACAGACGAAUGAUUCUGGAUAUAUUGAUUUUAAACCGGGAGAUAGCAAGACUAUAUUCGAAAAAGUCUACUUCAACACUGGCCUCUUUACUACUGGAGUGGAUAACUGGAAGGUUCAUGGUAUUCGGUUGAUAGAAGUCACUCCGGAUUCUAAAUGGACCAAGAUGAUUGUGGGAAAGUACUUUAUUGAUGGACUCCCGUACAAAUCUGGGCAUGGACUGCUUGCUCAAUGGAAGAAACACACACUGAGAGCUGAUGAUGAUGGACAGGAAACUGUGAUCAAAGUGUUCCCAACAGAAGUUCAAUUCAUUUCUCCAAGUGGACGGUCCACAACAGUUUUUGGAACUGUCGGAGAGAAUAUUAUUCCGUUUUCUGCUAAUCCACAACAGAAAUAA